UGAACUUUCCGUGCGUGGCGCUAGUAUGAAAAUAUGUACAAAUAUGGCCCUCCACGUGAAAAGAAUAAUAUAAUCUAAAUUCAUGUGCAUUUAAAUACUCUAUAAAAUAUACUCUGUACAUUAAAUAUAUAAUUCAUAAAGUGAAAGUGCAACAUCGAAAUGAUUACUUUGGUCUCCUGGUGUCUAUUCUCAUUGAUCAUGGUAUUACAUAUAUGUAUAUUUGAGGCUUUGUUAAUGAAGCUUGUGUGUGAGGUAAAAAGAACUAGUUUUUACCUAACUUUUGCAAUCAAUACAGAAAAUAUUAUUCAACAUAUUUUAGAAAGUCUACAAAGAAUAUAAAAGAAUGAUUUUUUACGUGAUUUAUUUAUUCGUUUUACUCACUGAAAUGUCAGUUUGAAGCAAGCUUAUAGCUAUCGUGAUAAAACAGAUCACAUGGAAAUAUUUUUUAUUUUGCGGAAAAUACUUAUUGGAGUUCCCAUAGGUUUUGCUUUAGUAAAACCUUUUGUUUUGGAUACUUUUGGUUACAUAGCACGUGUCGAUGGAGUUUCAAUGCAACCAACAUUAAAUCCAGAUUCAAAAACGACAGAUUAUGUUUUUUUAAAUCACUGGUCAGUACGGCAUUACAAUAUACAUCGAGGAGAUAUUAUUUCAUUUACAUCUCCAAAAUCACCAAAUCGAUUUUUAAUUAAGCGUGUGGUAGGAUUGGCUGGGGACGUUGUAAGCACCAUUGGUUAUAAAACGUCAGUUUCUCAGGUUCCUGAUGGCCAUUGUUGGGUAGAAGGUGAUAAUACGGGCUAUUCUAUGGAUUCAAAUUCAUUUGGACCUGUAGCUCUUGGUUUGAUCACUGGAAAAGCAACGUGUAUUGUUUGGCCACCCAGUCGUUGGCAAUAUUUGAUUCCGUUUUUACCUUCGCAUAGAGCUCCUUUAAACUUGUCCCUUCCAGUAGCAGCUUAAGUUUAUGUCAAAAU